AUGUUCUACAGUCAUGAAAUCCUCACUUCCCCAGAGCAUGGCGUCGCAACCAUAUGGCUCGUCGCAACCCUAGGCUCCCGCUCAGUUUCCAGACGACUGAACCGCAAAGCCAUCCUGGAUGUGGACGUCCCCAACGCAUGCAGGGUGAUCAUCAAUCCCGAAGCACCAAUGGCCCUACGACUCCAAGGCAGCCUCUUAUACGGUGUCUCCCGAGUCUACAACCAGCAAUGCGGAUACACCUUGCUCGACACCCAAGCCAUGCACGACAAAAUGAUCACGCAGCUGAAGAUCAUCCCGGGUAGUGGACUCGAUCCAACCGCCGGACAAGCCAGACCGAGUACUUUGGUCCUACCUUACGAUCCCUCCUUCCUCCCCGAGACAGGUCUUCCGGGUCUUGACAUUGACUUAUCCUACCUUGCUCCUGUGGAUGACGGUUCCAAACUAGGUACCAUAUGGGCCAAUUCACCGAUCAACAGUCUGUCUGGUGUGUCGCAGCUUUCGAGCUUGCAGAUUGAACUUCCGUCAGAUGGAGGAGUCGGUGGGGAUUAUAUGCUCGGGUUUGAAGAUGUGCCACCCGUGAAAGACAAUGUCAUUGUUCAGGUUUCCGGGCUUGCGUUGGAAGAAGGUGUUCUUCUCCAACCGGACUUUGAGUUUGACGAGGAUGGAAAUCUAAUCGAGCUUGAGAGCAGGGUGAGAUCGCCGCGGAGGUCAGCUGAGCCGCGGAGUGAGCACUUGUCUGAAAGGGAACAAGCCCAACAGCAACCUUGGGAUGAUCAUAUGCAAAUCGACACCGAAGUUGUCAACUUGGGAAAUGGCGCUAUGGAAAUCGACACGCUCGAAGGCCCAGGUAUUCUGAACGAAGUCGCCGAAGCCAUUGAAACCAUUGAAGUCCAGCCCGUCAGAGCGCGACGCGCGAGAAAGCCAAAGGAACUCUCCACGGACGGUGCGACUGCAUUGCGCAAUCUUGAUUUAGCCCAAUGGAACAAUGAAUAUGUAUCCAACAUGGCCGACGCCCGCAAGCAGAAGCAGCAGAACAAGAUCCCAACAAUCUCCAAGAAGAACGCUGCCUUCUGGGUAUUCGGGUGCGGCAUCGGCGGUGUCGGAAGUGGCUUGGGACAACGUCGUGAGCCACACCCAUUGAACCAAUUCUCCGGAGAAGAGUUGCUCAACGCAGUCUGUGGUCACAAGCGACAGUCAAAGCGCAGCCACUCACCCGACGACAGCGAGCGCCGAGUGCGCACCAGAUCAGAAGAGCUGAGCCGUGAGAACAUCGACCGUCUAAACAUGGAUGUUGAAAUCGGCCGAGACGCCCCAUCUAGCCUCCUCGACGACCGCUCUUCCCAAAUGCCGUGGAAUAUCACUGCGUCCAUCAAAAGCUCCCUCCGACCACAUCGAUUCGGCAGCGUGAGCGAGUCUUCUCGCAAAGGGCGCAGUCGUCUCGCGAGCGCCAGUCCCCUUGCGGGUCGUGGAUAUCGAGAUAUCGAGGACAUUGAUUUCGGCGAAGAUCUCGAUCUUACUCGAUAUCUGGAGGAUGAGCUCGCGACGGACCGUGAGCACAUUAGUUCUAUUUCUCCUGGGAAACGGUCUAUGAUUGAACGUGCCAAGGCGAAUCUGGACCGGGAGAGUUUGAACUUUUAUGAAUUUAUGAAAUCGAAGAUGGGAAUCGCGAGUGAUGAAUCUCCGCAUGGUGAUGUGAUGAAUCCGACUUCUCGGCUUGAUUCCAUUACGUUCGAGUCGCUGAUGCCGACAGUGAGUACGACGCGUGCUGUGGCGACUCAGGCGUUGGUCAAUGUUCUUACGCUGGCUACGAGGGGUGUGGUCCGGAUCCAUCAGGAUCGGAGUGGAACUGGGGCGUUGGGAGCUAAUUGCUCUUAUGGAGAUAUUAAAUUACGGUUGGCUGGAGUUUGA